GGUAACACGAUGCACAACAGAGGACGAAAGGAUCAGCAUCCCGCGGAGGCGCCGACUAAUUGGAACCGCGUAAAAGCAUAGCCCUUUACAAAACAACCAGAUAGCGACAAUUCACUGGAACUCGUGCUCCUUAACUGCAUAGUGAUAACUGUCACAACGAUGGAGGACGACUUGGCGGAUGAAGAGCGCUACAUCUUCUUCUAUAUUCACAAGUCUCUUGAGGAAGCCGUUCAAAGCGAAACAAAUUAUGAAUCUGGAUUGAGAUACGUCAGAUUUCAGGUAUUAUCAACAAUGAUUUUUGACGUUCUGGCUUCUAGUCUGUUAGAUUUGAAGAUUAUCUCACGAGGAUUUCGGCAAAGUAGUCUCAUGGGCUUGACUGAUGAAUCUGUAGGACCAAUGCUGAAUCGAGACCCAAUAAAAAUCCCUUUUGAAGAAGAGGAAUUCCAGAAGUUCUUAUUUGCAGUCGCCCUGGUUAGAAAUGGUGGCAACCUGAUAAAUUUCAAGCCAGCUGAAGUGUGUAGUAUUUUGAAGAUCGCCGAUUACUUCGAAGCCAACACGAUGAUGCGACGUGCAAUCCAAAGCAUCAACAAACAUCUCGUUGGCAAGAAUCCCUCACAGAUUUGCAAGGCAUUCAACAUAGAAAGCGAUGUUACGAAGUCUCAGAAACGUCAGAUGGAACAGGAAGGGUUGUGGAAUUUUAACACCUAAUCUAUAAGUCGAGGUUCUCUAUCUGUACCAUAUUGAUCUGUAGAAAAGUUCCUGUGAAAGGAUUAUUCGCUUUGUCCCUAUGCCUAUUUUUGGCACUGAAGACAUUCUGAAAAUAGAGCUGUUGAGAAUGACCAGGGCA